UUUAAAACCAAUAAGUCCUGAAGUCAUCAUGAGAACAAUCGCUUUGAUUUUACUCGUGAAUUGUUUGCUGAUAGUUUUGGCUGAAAGCUCAACCCAACAACAGGUGGAAAAAGUGAAAAAUGUUGGUUGCGAUCGGCUGGGAAAUUUUGAAGAAAGAUUUGCUAAUUUAGCAGAGAGCAUUGCAAGCAAUUUUACUGCGCUUUCAGAACGAAUUGCCAAGCUAAAAAAGCUCAUUGAAACCUUGACGAUGAGUCAAGAAUCACUGAACAAGGGGAUUAUUUCUGAUGCAUCGACGGUUUGCAACAACUCUAAUCAACAUGGACCGAUCAUAACUUCCUGCAAAGUACCCUCUACAUCCGGUGUGUUCCGGAUGCAUAAUCCAAACGCGCAAGUAUUUUGCGAGAUGGAUUCUUUCAACGGUGGCUGGCUGGUGAUUCAGCAACGAGUUGAUCGUGCCCUCGAUUUUAACAGAAGCUGGGCCGAAUACCGAGAUGGAUUCGGAACGGUUGACAAGAACGGCAGUUUCUGGCUCAGCCUCGAGGCCGUCCAUCAGAUCACGAGCAGAGGAUCGUGUGAGCUGGCUGUCGAAAUGAAGGAUGGAUCAGGGCGCUAUCAAUAUGCACGAUAUUCUCAGUUUGGAGUGGCAGGAGAAGACGACAAGUACAGACUCACGGUUGGCGGCUACUCGGACUCGGAAAGGGCUGGAGACAUGCUCAGCCACCAUAACGGCAUGAAGUUCUCAACCUUUGAUGAUAAUAACGAUCCUGGUGAUAUUAAAUGUGCGCAGAGAUUUGGAGGAUGGUGGUUUAAGAAAUGUUUUCUCUGCAACCUGAAUUAUCCAGAUGGAGGGACAUGGCAUCCCUUUACAAAUGAAGAGUUUAUACUUUCUUAUACCAGAAUGAUGAUCCGUUGCGAAUAAAUGAAAG